GGGCUGAGGGCGCGUCGCGUCGGCCCGCGUAAUUGGCUCCAGUCUCCUUGCCUACACUUGAACAACAGAAAAACGAACUGAGCUUGACGAGAUGGCGACAUAGCUUUCGAUUUCCCGAUCACGAGGAUUACUAAGUCUCACUCCAGUUCCAGAUUCUACCCCAAAUGGCGAGGACACGAUCAAAGGUUCCAGCAGGCGGAGCCAAAGCGGCCUCGGUAGCAGAGGAGCAACGGUCUGCAAAAAAGCAAUUGCAACCAGUUGAUGUCCCCAGCAGAACGUUUAUUUUGCCAUCGAAGAGAAGCAAUGCAGCCAGGUUCCUAACACUGCAAACGCCAACCUCGAAAGCCUCUAACCGGUAUUUUUUUGACCCCGAGCAUGGACUAUACGAAUUCACAUCUGUUGCUUCCACGCCAUUUGCGCCACGGAGCAUUCUUUAUACACCCAAACCCAAUUGUAGUGAUGAUAAACAGUCUCAGAAAUCUACCGAGGCGUACGUCACAAAAAAGGCAGAGCUGCUGAUCGCAACGCCAGUUGAUGUCCUAUUCUUUAUGCUCUCUAUCAUCGCGCCGGCCGACAAUAAUAGCUCCACGAAGAACAUGUUUCAACCACUCGACGACAUCCUAGACUCCCAAGAUGACCUCUCACCCCACAUGCGCCAUAUCGUUUAUGACCCUACAUUCAGGCCAACACUUGAACGAAGAAUGGAAGCAAUGUGUGACACCAUGGAAGCUGGUGAUGAGAAACUGUACCGCUUCAAGGAGAUGAAACUUGCCAAUGAGUUGGUUGCAAAAGCUGAGCGGAUGGUUUCGCAAGGAUUGCCCGCAAGUUUGGAGCAGCAUUUUGUCCGCAAGGCUUUGGAGCCCCCGUUGAUGAGCGUCAAGCAAGAAAAUGUGGUGAAAACAACAACCGAUUCAGAAACCACCACGGGCGGUCAUAGUGAGAGCCAGGAUUCCGAAACGCUAGAAACCCAAUCAACAAGCGCUACAACGAUCACAACAACUACAACAAUCUCUGAGCAGCAAUCCGGCACCUCGACACCAGCUACGCAACUGUCAACUGCAGAUGACAUCUCAUCUUUGGACAAUGUUACGAGAUUAAUGCGGCUCCGCAUCUCACUUUCGUUCAUCAAGCAAUCUUAUCUACCGCCUCAUCUAUCCAGCACCAUUGAUGAGAUUUUCGUAUCCCCCGAAAGCCCUAUUGACUUCCAGCCUCUUGAUGAUCGGCUAAAGGAACUCGCUGACCUUCGAGCUGAGGCCUUAGCGUCAUAUACAGCCGGCAAUUAUACACGAAAGCGCGGUUUUGAUGAUGAGGAUGAAACUGAUACUCGAGCCGAAAAGAAGCGGAGAAAGGAAGAGGAAGAAAAGAAGAAAAAGGCUGGCGAGUCUCGUGGUGUUCGAGACCUGAAGAAAGUCAAUACUAGCGGAAUGAAGAAGAUGAGCGAUUUCUUCAAGAAGAAGUGAGGCUGCAGAUCUGGUAUCUGUUGAAAUAAAACUACAGCUCGCUGUCGGUCUUCUCAUGACUAGAAGCCGUGACCCUUAGCUGGUUGGACAAGGAUCGCAAAGAAUGCUAGCCCCAAAACGUCAGCUUAAGGAUGGAAUAUCACUCAGAUAUAUUCGGGUCGAGACAGACUCAGAAGAGUAUGCCUUGAACAGCAAAGUGAGAUUGGACAGAGUAAAGUCCAAAUGGUCCUGAAGUGGAGCCUACAAUGGCUAGCAUCAUCGUCUCUAGCAACCACUCCAAAUGCUCUUUGUUGUCAUGAAGUGCGUUUUAUUAGUUAAUACGCCCGUCACCAACGACCAAGACGAGUGUCCACUAUGUGUGCUACGGGAAUGAAUAAUAUAUCACACA